CAGACGGGCAGAGGAGCGUGUGCCAACACAUCUGCCUAUUGAGAGGCAGCGUUAUGGACACAAUGUGAGCGACAGACUUGCUGUAUCAACAGCUCCCCCUUUUCUGCUGUUGUGGCCAGAAAUAAACCAUAAAUACCCCCCCCCUGCCCUCCAACGGCUCAACCCCAAACACCAAGUGACACACAGAGAGAGAGGCGACCAAUAACACAGCAGGCAUAUCCAGAGGAGUAACCAGUGGAGCAGGAGGAUGUCAGAGCAGCAGAGUGCCCCGGAGCAGCUGGCUGCAGGGAAGAGCCAGGGUGGAGCAGGAGCAACUUACAAGGUGGUGCUGUUUGAAUUUGAGAAUUUCCAGGGUCGCAAGGCUGAGUUUUCUGCCGAGUGUAAAGAUGUUUCAGAGAAGGGCUUGGAGAAGGUGGGCUCUGUGCUGGUUGAGUCUGGCCCAUGGGUGGGGUAUGACCGCCAGGGGUUUGCAGGUGAGCAGUUUGUCCUGGAGAAAGGAGAGUAUCCACGCUGGGACACCUGGACCAACAGCCAGUACAGCUAUUCCUUCUGGUCCAUGCGGCCUCUCAAAGUGGAUAGUGCCGAACACAAGCUCCAUCUGUUUGAGAGUCCAGGCUUCACUGGUAAAAAGAUGGAGAUUGUUGAUGAUGACGUUCCCAGUUUGUGGGGACAUGGUUUCCAAGAUCGCGUAGCAAGUGUCAAGGCUCUCAACGGAACAUGGGUUGGCUACGUGUACCCAGGCUACAGGGGACGGCAGUAUGUGUUUGAGCGUGGAGACUUCAAGCACUGGAACGACUGGGAUUCCCCUUCACCUCAGAUCCAGUCUGUCCGACGUGUGCGUGACAUGCAGUGGCACAAGAGGGGGUGUUUCACCAUCCCUGCUCCUACCCCUGACCCAGCUCCUGCCCCUGCCCCAGCACCUGAACCCCCUGCCCCCCCUGCCGCCGCUGGGGCCAGCUGAAGAGGACUCUGAUCCACCUCCCCCCACUGAGCCUCUUCCAUGAGCCUCUUCCUACCAUCAGUGCCUGCCCUCUGCCUCAUCCUAACCAUGGCAAAUGCUGCUCCCGCUUAGUGAGAAGUGCUAUGUAUGUUUUAGUGGCGAAUAAAGUUUGUUUGACCAGAAA